UAAAUAAUAUCAUACCUAAGUCAAUAGUUUUUGCAGGAUGGUGUGGAAAAUGGUUUUCAAGAUGCUUCUGUUUCGGUUUUUCAGGGGGCGUUCCGUUGCAUCUGCGCAGGUUUUGUCAGAUGGCGAAAGCAGCGAAGGUAACAUGUAAAAUCACCGGGACGGGAUCUCGCGGUUACCGGGGCAACAGCAUGCCUUUAAACGCCAACUACGUUGCUCAUCACCGGAUGAAGCACGGUUGGUGGUACUCCUCGCCGCGAUGAACGAAGGCCUGCUGUUCAACGACCGCCAAGAACCCCGCGUUACAUGGGCAACAGCCAGCAAAAACCGAGCUCCGAGUCGCAAGAGCAGCAGCAGCAGCAGCAGUGUCGGAGAUGGAGCUCGACGCAGUCUCAGCUGAGCUGGGGCAGCAGCCAGAGUGUGCACUCGGUGGCCAGUGCCCAGCGUUCAUGGUCGCGGGCGUCCACCAGCCUGGGCCGUCGACGCCAGUUGCGUUGGCAGCCUCGCUUGCCACCACUAACGAGCGCAGUGCCAAUAGAAGCACCGUCAGCCUGCGCUGACCCUCUCGCCAAGACACCAUGGCCGGUGACACUGGCUGAGGCCCUCUUUUUGCCCGAGUUUCCCGUUCGCAGCAAGCUGCACGAAGCCAGCUUUCAGAAAAUCAAGCAGCUUUCUGGGAGCAAGUUUGGUUCAGUUUAUUUGGUGCGAGAGGCUGCUACUGGCAAGUGCUAUGCCAUGAAGGUGCUUUCCAAAGCUGAAGUUGUCAGGGAGGAAGCCAUUCAACAAUGCAAAGAAGAAGUUGCUAUACAGGCUGUGUUGGGUCGGCAUCCAUUUGUGGUUCCCUGCACUCAUCACUGGCAGACCCGGAAGCAGCUUUUCAUAGUCACAGAGUAUGUUCCUCACGGCGAGCUCCGGCUGACAUGGAAAGCACUAGGUGGAUUUUCAGAAGAACUCGUACGAGUGCUCAUAGCCGAGCUGGCUCUAGUCCUUGACUUCCUACACUGCGCUGGUGUCAUUUACAGAGACCUGAAGAUGGAGAAUGUCCUGCUUGAUGAGGAUGGCCACAUACAGCUGAUAGACUUUGGACUCGCCCGGUGGCUCAGCUACUGCGGUCGGGCACAGACUGUCUGUGGCACAAUGCAGUUUAUGGCACCCGAGGUCCUGGCAGCUCAACCAUACUCUCAUGCCGCGGACUGGUGGUCGCUGGGCAUCAUGAUGUAUGCGCUGCUGGUGGGAAGGUAUCCAGUUGAAGGCACUGGGGACCACGUACAGAUGAGGCAUUUGGUGGCCAACACCAACUAUGACCUCCCCGAAGGCUUCUCUGACCCAGCCCGCAAACUUGUUAGGAAGCUUUUGUGCAAGAUCCCUCACAAGCGCCUCCAGUCACUUCACCAGCUCAAGUGGGAGCCAUUCUUCCGGGAGCUCAACUUUGACGACGUUCUCCACAAAAAAAUCUCUCCUAAAAAGUUGCUACAACAGCAGCUUGAAAGCUCAGGCAAAGUCACAUCAGCAAAUGGUGUGCAGGCAGAAUCUCAGGACAGCGCCAAAGUUGCUGUGAGUCCUAAGCACCUGUUUUUAUUUAGUACAUUUUAUUGUAUGGAAUGACAAAAAAAAAUAGUUUGGUCUGGUUUUGCUUUUAGUUUUCAGGCUUUUCAUGCCUUAUCAAGUCGUGAUGGUCGCUACAGCAACAGCGCAAGUGGCAUUGCAUUCUACCGAGUCAUCAAAAGCCUGAGCGAAUCACUGCAAGCUCAAGUGAGUCACCGGAAGUUCUAUGGUGGUGCCUUCAUUGCCUUCACCGAACAGCGUGUCAAGCAAGAUGGAAAGGGGGCCAGUAGACCGUGAGCUUGGCUCUUUGUAUACUGGUUUGUCUUGCACUCACUCUGCCUGGUGAAAGGAAAACGUUUUUUGACACCUGUGUUCACACUGCCACAUUGUUUGCAAAGCAAGAAGCUCUCGGCAAAUGGUGUAUCUGAUUGCUGGAGUGCAAGCGACAUACUGGUAGCACAUCCAGACAAUUUGAAAAUAUCAAGCUCAACGAGCCAGCUAUAGCUGCAUGAAUUCAACUUGUCACAAUUAUUGCAGCUUGGUAAAACCCCUGUUGAUCUGCCAAGAGCUUUUUAGCAUUGUUGAGCUUUUGCUAAUUGGAAGCGCCUUGUUCGUUUACUGAACCUUAUUUUUCGCAGCUGCCAGCUUUCAGGGCAUGCAUAUCGCAGAUGGAGAGAGUGUGCAGUCAGUUGCUGAAAAAACUGGCUACCAUUUUACUCUGCCGUGCUUCUCGUCCAUAUAGCCUGCACCAAAUAAAAACAAAUACGAGUACAAAAGGGGGGGGGAGAUGGGGUGAGGGAGUUGUACAUAAAUUUUGCCUUCACGCGAGGUUCGUGACAACACACAACACAGUGUCGUGAAGCCGUGCUUAAAAGACAAAAUAGUAAUUGCGGUGAAGUUGCACUGAACCUCAGCAGGGAGUAGUACUGAAAGGCAAUGACGACUGAAUAAGUGAAUAUGCAAGACGGGAUCAGUCUUGGAACUUUUCUUCGUGUCAGCAGUUUACUUUUUAUUUCAUAAAUAGUUUAACAUUGUGCAUGAGAUUGUUUACACGGAUUACACACACUAUUUUUUGUUUCCCCCUUUUUUUUGAAGGUUGUUGAUUAGAAGCGGGUUUAUAUGGCAGCAGCAGUUCACCUGCAUAAAGAUUUUCUAUGUGGCACGAGAAGUGGCCACACUUUCUGUCUACUAAGCCUCGAGCCUGGUCAGUUCACCUGUAAAGCAGUAGACGAUGUGAACUCGAACAGGAUCUGUUGGCAUCUGCGUUGUAGGUUAUCUGAUGCCCAAUUGCGUGGAAAUGGUCUUUGUUGGGCCAUCGCAGGAACCUGCAUUAGCAGCAUUAGUGCCUUGUGAAAUAACAGAAGCUAGCAGCAGUGGUGCAAGCAUGUCUCUAGAUGCCCCUCUUUCUCUUUAGACAACAUUUCUGUGGCAUGUUAAGAAACAUGACUUUGUGUUGCCAAUCACCUGCUGUCUUCAACGCUUUUUUGUAACGAGAGGUAAUGUUGCCCGUUCAUGCAUACAUAGCCAGCUCAUGUGUGGUGACCCGCUAACUGCUGACAUGUCAAAGUAAUUGUUUUCAGCUAACCUGUGGCGUGUGAAAGCUGUGGUUUUGUUUAUUAUUGACAUGAUCAGCAUGUCAAACUGCCUGUCAUGGCCCUAUAACAUGCUGGCUGUCAUGGCCCUAUAAUAUGAUCUUUUCCGUGAUGUUUUUUUUUUUUUAUAACUGUAAUUGAUUUUUACGUGUGAAUACUCCCAAGUUGCAGCUAAGUUAAGACACCAUUUCACACGUAACGCAGCAUUGUUGCAUAAUUUGGAAAGUAUAGUAGCGUAGCUCAUUGCCAUGGCUUCUGAGACUGUAAGAUCAAAUGUACAUUUAUUAUCCAUAGGAAGGCCCUGCAGCAAAUGUUGCCAUGUUGCACAAAAUUACAUACAUAUUCAUUCAUAAUAGCCUUUACAUAUAACCCUUUACAUAUAUGUUUAAUGCAGUCUUAUCUUUCUUUUUUAACCAAAGAUUAGUGAGCCAUUGAAGCUACUUUAUUAUCUCUUAGCACUGAACUUCACUAGCAUAACACUUGUUCACUAUAGCGCAACAUAGGCGAAGCAAGUUUUGUAGUUUUACGAAUCUCAACCACCCUUGAAGUACUGUUUUAGUCUUAGGGGCAGCCCCUUAUGUGUUUGGGCUUGAAUGGUCUGAAAAGGAAGUGCUACUUUAAAAGUUGUGUUUAUAAAGUAAGGCACUUGAUGAAAGGAGGUAGAGGCUGCACUCUCUAAAUUGCUCUACACUCGUGAACAUUAACUUGGCAUCAACAUGAAUCUCAUAUGGCUUCUCAUGCAUUCUCCACCAAGGUGGCACAAAAAGCAUGGUGGCUGAAUGGCUGUGGUCUUUAUUGCUGCUAAGCAUGUGGUCGUGGGUUCGAUUUCGGCUUGUCAUAGCCUUUUCUUCAGUGGGGGGGCAAUAUGCAAGAAAGUCUAAUUACUCUGAUUUUGGCUCAUGUUAACCCCUUCUGUGCCAUGAAUUACCUAAGCUUGUCACUGUGUUCCCGAUAAAAAACGGCAAACGACAAGCUCAGCUUAUCAACAGUAUGUUUCAUUUUCUUGCAGUUUCUAUUUUCUUAUUGCCAAUUUUUUGUUUUCUUGGAUAGUGCUAUUACGCUUCACUUUUGCAGUAAUUGAGAUUUUGUAUAAGCUCUUAAAAUAUUGUCUGUUUUUUGUAAAGGAUUCUGUGGUCAAACAGACUUCCCAUUUAUGGUCAGAAUUAAAAAGAAUAACGUGGCACGGAAGAGGCUAAUAAUAAAGCCCGGUUGGCCAGAAUUCGGAGCCCUCCACUAUGACGUCCCUCAUAGCCAAACUGUCCAUUUGAGAUGUAAGACUCGCUAUUAUUAUCAAUAGUGGUGACAAGAAGCAUCUUUGUAAGCUAGUAUAUUAGUUAUGUAUUCUGCAAGAGGAGAACCGCGAUGUAUUUUGAUAGCGCAGCGCAGAAGUUACAUGUCACAUUAGGCAGCACUUGUGUCACAAAAUGCAAUAAUCGCUCACCUGCAUCAUGCUCAUUUUGUGUGUUUUGCACAUCCGGUGUACAAACUGACUUGCGAGUUGUGUAUUGUCAGUUGCAGCCACUGACAGCAGAUGUUGGUGCUAAUUGUUACAGGGUCCUUUAACUCAUUGUAGAGCUUUGUGGUGUUGGCACACUGGCUCCUGCAAAUAACUUGCUUGUGCAGAUGAAAUAGGUACACUAUUUUACUACGAAGUACAACAUACAAUGCAAUAGCGUUAAAUUUAUACUACCCUCCCCUCCCCCUCUUCUUUUUUUCCAAAUAAAUUUUAUAGGUGCCCAAUUAAUUUGAUGUAGCCAAGCGUCCCAAAUGACCUAUAUGUCAUGGGGGAUCAAUUGAUCCCAACACUCUGCUGUGGCAUUGUGCUUUGUUAUAAAUUGAUAUCUUAUCAAAGAUGUCGUGAGGCUUGUUGACCUGUUGUAGCAAUUGAAACGUUUGAACUUGGCAGCCUAUAAGGGUCACAGUAUCCUUGUUCUUAGGGACCAUGAAAAUCUUGUGGGGGAUUUGUAAACCCUGCACCAUUUGAUUAAAAAGAAAAAAGAAAACUGGCAUUGGAUUAUUAUGAAUUUCUGAGAUGCGAGCUCGCUGGCAAUUUGCUUGUUGGUGUUCUAAGCCCUUGUUGCUAGUCGUGGUUAGCAUUUAGACUCGUUUCAAUAAAAAAAAAAGGCGAGCACUGACCACAAGAAUUCCAUAAUCAUCGUCAUCAUCCUUAUCAGCCUAAUUAAGUCCAUUGCAGAAUAAAAGCCUCUCCCUCUGCAAUGUCCACUUACCUUUAUCCUGCAUUGGAAGAUUGCUAUGCUUUACAUAUUUAUCUUGUCCCUCUUUAGUUGUCUCCCACCCUCGUCAGCAUUCUUGUUAAUCUGGCACUCAUUCGCUUGUUCUAAUGGACCUCCAGCUAUCUGCUUCACGUUUAAACUCCAAUGGGGGGACUUCAAAGCUAAUCAUCUGCCGUGGUAAACCAGCGGCUAUGGAGUUGUGCUGCUCAAGUCUAGGUUACGAGUUCAAUGAUGGUCUGCACUUUGAUGGCGGCAAAAUGCAAAAACGCUUGUGUACUUAGAUUUAGGUGCGCAACAAAAUACCCCCAAGUGGUCAGAGUUAAUGUAGAGUUCCCCACUACAAUGUGCCUCAUAAUCAAAUCAUUGUUUUGGCACAUAAAACUCAGUUAAUUAUUGUUUUUUUAAGGUGGCUCCUGGUAACCUUUGUAAUCUGUGUUUGCCCCCCCCUUUUUUUGUCAUGAAGCAUCCCAGCCCAACUCAAGACAUGUCAUACACUGGAUUUCUUGUGUAGCAGUUCGGUGUGAAAAUACUUGCCAGUCUUGUGCAGCAAGGCUCUUAAUGCCACGAUUGCUUCAUCUGUGAAAUAGCCUUGAAAGCAUUUUUGGAUUUCAUUUCAGCACCUUAUGUCAGAGGGCAGCUAAGGAAUCCUUAACACUUCAGCAGGCAGCAUCAGCAGAUCAACUGAAAUGCAAGCUAUAAUGAUGACAGUGAAGCAAUUAUUUUAUUACUCAAAGUGCUAUUAUGCGCUGGACUCGCACAGCCUAGUUUUUGGUAGCAGUCAGUAUUGACAAUGAUAGUAAUGCCGUCCUACCAGUCCUAGUGGCUCCAGUGGUGUCUAUCGUACUCGGCUGCAGGGUGCGAGGUCACUGGACCAAUUCCUGGGUAUGGCAACUGUGGUGUUUUAAGUGGGGGUGGAUAGCAAAAAAUACUUGUGUGCUCAGCUUUUGGUGCAUGCAAGACACCUCAGCUGCUCAAUGUUAGUCUGGAGCCCUCCACUAUAGCCCCUGUGUGUUUUUUAGAUGUUGAACCCCACCAAUCAGCCAGUAAGUAAUGGUGUUCUCUUCACACUCUGCUAUAGGAAAGUACAGCAACAGGUACCGUGCAGUGUAUGGCACUGUAUAAGCAAGUUCAACAGAUGCAUCUUGCCUAGGUACAGAAUAGCCAUUAUGUCAUAAUUUAUUUACAGGUCUUGCAACUGCUGACAACAAUGCUGAAACAUGUAAUUCAUAUGCUGUUUAGUAAAGGUACGUAGCAGUGUGUAAAAUGAAAUUGUGUGGUGCAAAUGACCUGACGGACGCAGCUCUCUUGGCUCGUGCAUGUCAAUUUGCUUUCAACCCCAGCGGUCAUUGGUAGACUGCGAUGUAGGUAUCACAUAUCAAAUUAAAAGAGCUUACUAACUUGUGAAGUCUGUAUAACUUUCUGUUUGAAGUCGCACAUUGUAUGGGGUAACGUAACAGUUCUUUUGCCUGAUCCCUUUCCAGUUUUAUCCACCGCUGCUCGAAUAGCGGCUAGUUUUUUAAUGAUGACUUAAGCUGGGUAGUGCUCGAGGCAGUGAUGCCAUGUGGGAAGAAAUUGAAUUGGAAUAGAACCAUUGUAUUGAUCUGUCUUUUGAGUUGUUGAUAAACUUUUAGUGCUUAGUUGGUCCAAUUAAAUUUUCGAGCAACCCAAUGAGUGUGCGCAGCAGCAUGUAUCUUGCUUAAAACCUAGCCUGUUCUUUUUAAAUGGACCUUGUAUGCUAUCCUGCUGCUGGCUGUUAUCCAAGAUAAGCUGCACAUUUAUUGUAGUCUGUGUGGAGCACAGGAUCCAGUGAGGCUAGAGUAGCUCAUCAGCAUGCACAGCGUAUUUAUUGUUUAUUUGCACUAUCUGUGCACCGAGUCAGAUGUGCACCUACAUGUGUUUGAUACAACUGCAUGCCAUUGAACAGGCUUUGGCAUGUUGUUUAAUCUUGCAGCGGAAUCUCAGUAUUUCUUCACAAUUGUCUUCAUUGCUCAGGUGUUUCUGGUCUAUGCAAACAUUUUAAGCAGCAUGCUCAAAGUAUGCCCCCUUUUUUUUUCUUGUGAUAAGCAGUUAUGACAUAUAAAGAUGUAUUUCUGUUUUUGACAAAGAUGACUUAUAGAAUUCUCAUGACUUGCUCAAUGUCCUACUCUCAAAUGCCAUUUGAGUUGAUGUACAACCAUUGCCCAUUUAAACACAGUUGAGAUUUAGUUUCAAAACGUUCAAUAAUACCGAAUGUAGUGGUGAAAAUGGCUUAAAUAGUGUGUGUUGUGAACUUUUGGAUGAUGUUAUUCAGCAGAUUUAUGUUUUAACAUGUGCUCCUAUAGCAGAUGAACAAUAUAUAUGUAUACACGUGUAUUGUUUCUUGUUAUUUUUUGCACGUGCCUUGAAACCUAAUGCUGUUAUUUUGUUCUUUUGUGUGUGCCUGUCACAAUUAGGCACUGCACGUAGACUACCCUUGCGCUCAUGACCAUGUACCGAGUGAUUCCUUGUUAUACACUGUUGCCUAUACCUGUGUUCACGGUGCUAUUUUUGCAGUGUUGAAUAAAAGUCACUUCAAAGUGA